UGGACGGGGAGCUGGCCAUGUGGAGAGCCGACUUCGUGUCCCGCACCACCAUCACCAUCUCUGCCUUCGCCGGCGAAUACGACAUCUGCCCCAAGGAUGGCCCCGCUGCCUUCCUCACCUUCCAGCUCUCUGACUGCAUCUUACAGAUCUCAAAACUGAACAUCUGCCGCUUACAGCACAUUUUUCAGCUUCCCACACUUCAGGUCAUGGACCGCUUUUAUGUCGAGGGCUACCAGGACACGAUCUCCUUCCUGAAAAGACUGAGGGAUUUCCAGGUGAAUUACUUUGAGGGCUUCACACUUUCCUUGGCCCACGAGCAAACUCUGCACCUGAAGCCACAACCGAGGGGUCUUCGCUCCAGAGCCACAGAUCAUGAGGAUGACACCAAAGAGAAUCCAGGGAUCCUCCAGGCAGAGGAUGGAGAAGAAUAGAAAGCCCCACACCACCUUCUCCACCCCCAGGAAGGUAAAGAACCCGCACUUCCUUUACCCCAUCAGUUUUCAUGUGACACUUGCCCAGGGCUGUCAGUGCCCAAAGAGUUUCUGGGGCAGGUGAGAACAUCAGAAAUGGGAGAAAGUUCCCUCUCAGGUUAGGGGUUACAAGUGAGGCCUCACACUGAGCCCUCACCCUCAAUUUGGGUCAGCACCGAGGACUUCCUUGGUGGCUGGGUCAGAAGGGUUCUGUGGACAAGGAGCUCUUUCCAUGGAGAAGGCCAUGUAUUCACUCACCCAGUGAGGUAAGAACAGGUUCUGCCCACACAUCCCUUCUUUAGGUGUGUCUCAAGGGUUCAAGCUGCUUUUGCUGUGUCAGCCAAUCCAAACUUCUCCUUAGGAACUCUGAGUACUGCCACAGAAAUACUUCAUUCCCUUCUCUCUGUUCAAGCCUUUCACCCAAACGCAGCUUCUCAGCAUCCACAUGCUCCAGCAUGUGCACCCUUUUCUCACGGGAUAGUGGUGAAUUCUGCAUCAGCCCCAUGCACUUCAUGAAUUAUAAGGAAACAGUUUGUUGUAUUAUAGUCCUCCCUACACCUUGCAGAAGAAUCUCAGCUCCAACGUUCAGAGCACUUCCUCCUCCUCUUUCCUCUUUCACACCAGCCUUAGUGUCACCAUGUUGUUCUCCUUUUAUGUGUUCAUCUUUUUCUUUUCUCUGACUCAGGAGAGAAUUGGUGUCUGUAGGUUCAUUUGUUUUCAAGUUCUAUCAGUUGGAAAACUUUAUAGAGAUCUGGAGUGCUGAAAGGUUACUCCUGUCAGGGCUCUGC